CGGUAUUAUCGAUAGUACCAUCAGAAACAGCGAAAAGAGGAAAAAUAUUUACCAAUUCUGUAUCCAAUCCAACCUACGUGCGUUUAAAAACAACUACGAUAUUUGCUCACACAACCGGUCAGACAACAUAAAAGCGUACAAAGCAACGCUUUUAUCAUGGACUUCUCAAAGGCACCCAAUCCACGAAAACUGCAACUCUGCCGUACAUACUUCUAUGCUGGAUUUGCCCUUCUGCCCUUCGUGUGGGCCAUCAAUGUUUGCUGGUGCUUUGAGGAGGCAUUCCGCAAACCCCCAUUCCCGGAACAGAGCCAAAUAAAACGAUUUGUCAUAUAUUCCGCUGUGGGAACGCUUUUGUGGAUCGUUGCGCUCAUUGCUUGGAUCAUCAUAUUCCAGACCAAUCGCACCGGCUGGGGAGCAACCGCCGACUACAUGAGCUUCAUGAUUCCGCUUGGCAGUGCAUGAUAAAAUGGCCAAGAACUUUAGGCAUAAGUAACUUAUGAAAUUAUUUACGUAUAAAAGACUUCUUAACCUCACGCAUAAGCGCAACCAUAAACGUCGUUAAUUUUUUGGAAGACACAGCAUACCGGGAGAGAUUAGCUGAAGCCCUAAAGUAGGGAAAGAGGAUUAACUAGUAUUACGCCAUGGUUUAAUUACAUAUUUUUUUAUUCACAUCUAAAGCUGUUUUUAUAAUUUCUGUAUACUUUAAAUAUGUGUACUAUAUUUUCUUGAAAUUUUCUUAGCCACUAGUUAUGUAUGUAUUUUGUUCAUAAUUUGUAAUAUAUUUGUAUGAAUGA